UCUUUCCCCCAUCCUGACCCCCAAUCAUCUCUGACCUGACCUACAUCUCUUCUUUCCAAUCAGCUAUGGCGAAUAUAACGGAGGAAUGGGUCAAAGCUUCCGACGGGGUUGAGAUCUACCAUAGAGUGUGGGAGCCUACUCGACCGAAGCCACUUGCAACCGUGGUAUUCGUUCACGGUGUUGGUGAACAUAUUUGCCGAUACGACCACGUCUUCAAACCCUUUGCUGAAGCCGGUAUCAAGGUCCGCUCGUUCGACCAGAGAGGCUUUGGGAAAACUGGAAGAAAGUCUGGAAUCCUCGGACAUAACGAAGGUUAUGACAGGGUUUUGAAAGACGUGGAUGAGGUUGCGGCAAAGGUCCGUGUCGCCGGCGUACCCCACUUCGUAUUUGGUCAUUCCAUGGGUGGUGGGAUUGCUCUUCGCUACGCUAUAGAUCAUCAGAAUGACGACAUUAGUGGCCUCAUUGCUUCUGCCCCGCUAGUGGGGCUUGGUGCAAAGACUGCAGUAUCGACACCCGAAUACUAUGCGAUUCGUGCCAUGUCAUACUUUUUUGGCACGGUGACAAUUUCAAAUCCUGUCGAUCCUGCCAAUCUUACUCGUGAUCCGACCGUGAACAAGGCAUAUGUUGAAGAUCCUUUGGUCCACCCUUAUACAAGCCUUUCCACCGCCCGAGACAUAGUCUUAAAUGGAGAAGCCUUGGCGGGCAGUUUGGCCGCACAGCUGACCCUUCCAUUGCUCAUUACAUUUGGCACUGGCGAUCACAUCUGCUCAUAUGACGCUGCAAAGGCUUUUUGCGAUGCCGCCGCAAGCAAAGAUAAGACAUUCAAGUCAUACACUGAUUUGUGUCACGAGCUGCACAACGAACCGGAGAAGGAUGAAAUUAUCAAGUUUUACAUCGACUGGAUUUUGGAGAGAGCCAAGAAGGCGUAAUGUCGUAGUCUUAGAAACUAUCACUAAUCAUUUUGUUGCCUAUACCAACUGCUUUAAUAUAUGGAUAAUAACAGUGCUGACA